CCCAUUACCCUCAAUGCUAAUCUCCCCCCUCUCCUUCCUUUCUUAUUUCUAAAAAGAAUUUUCUCUUGACAUUGUGUCGUUUCAAUUUAUAAUGCAAGAAGCAAUUCCUUUCAGAACGUACAUCCCGGCCACUGCGACCAGCGGAAGCAACCGGCAGUUACCUUCACGAGAUGGCGGUAAUGUCCUAGUACUAGCCAAUGGAGAAAAUUAUGUACAAAAAUUAGUGCUAGAGAAUUCUGUUAUUGUAUUUGGGAAACGAGGGUGUUGCAUGUGCCACGUUGUGAAGAGGCUGUUGCUAGGGCUCGGUGUUAACCCUGCCGUGUUUGAGGUGGAUGAGAAGGAAGAAACCGCCAUAAUCGAUGAAUUAUCAAUCAUAGAUGGUGAUACAGAAAGAGAAGACGGCGGCCAAGUGCAGUUUCCGGUGGUUUUUGUUGGAGGAAAGCUGUUUGGUGGAUUAGAAAGAGUGAUGGCUACUCAUAUUUCUGGUGAGUUAGUGCCCAUCCUGAAAGAUGCUGGAGCUUUGUGGCUAUGACUCGUCUUUUUUCUUUUAUUUAUUUUUUUCUCAAAUCUUAAUUCUCUUAGUUUCAAUUGUUGUUUUGUUGGGUUCUUCCGCUCAAGAAAAUCCAGAGAGGAAUAUAUAAUAUAUAUAUACAGGAACUUCGCUUC